UACAAGAGCGAGGAGGAGGAGGGUGAGGGUGGUGGUGGUGGAGGAGGACUAGGAGGAGGACUAGGGGAUUACAUUAAACUGGGACCUUCCUGUUCCCAGCAGCCCCCUGAGCAGAUCCAGGAGUUCAGCCUGAGUGUAAUAAUAGCCGCCGCCGGAGCUGAGCUUUCUCUGCUUCAGGUCACCAAGGGAGGUUAUUCUCUGGCAGCCUCCAUCCCAGGGCAAGUGAGCUGGAGCCGAGAGGGAGGCGGGGAAUAAAAUCGAGAUUUUUGAGAAUUGUUCUUCUUUUCAUCACAGUAACACUCUGGCCUGGGGUUAAGAACUCCUUUGAGAUGGAGCAUGAAGACCCGGGCAUUGUGGUGAUUCAUGACUCGGAUGACAACAGGAUUGCAAGGAGAGUUUAUGUAGCCGAUGAAAGCGGAGUUAGCGAAGGUGAAGACAACCAUCACCUGGAGCACAAGAUGGUCCAGCCCAGCAUCCAACAUGGGCAGCCCAAGUGGAAGGCAAGUUCACAACCUGAAGGCCUGGACAUGGAUCGGCAAGGGGCCCCGCUCAUCCCCGGCAGCUACAGUGAGGGAGAGGUGGCAGUAGCAACGGCAGUAGUUUCCCGCUCCAGCAAGCAACGGCCCUUCAUCUGCAAUGAGUGUGGCAAGAGCUUCAGCCAUUGGUCAAAGCUGCUGCGGCAUCAGCGCACACACACUGGCGAGCGGCCCAGCACCUGCACUGACUGCGGCAAGAGCUUCUCGCAGAAUUCGCACCUGGUGCAGCACCGGCGGACCCACACUGGCGAAAAGCCCUACGUCUGUCGGGACUGCGGCAAAAGCUUCAGCUGGAGCUCCAACCUAAUCCAGCACCAGCGCAUCCAUACCGGGGAGCGCCCGUACACCUGCGGGGACUGUGGCCGCAGCUUCACCCAAAGCAAGAACCUGGCCAAGCACCGGCGGACACACACGGGCGCCCGGCCCUUCCGUUGCCCUGAGUGCGGGCGGGGCUUUGCACACACGGCGGGCCUGAUCAAACACCAGCGCCUGCGCCACGACACAGACUCCCCUAUCGGGCACCCUUGCCCAGAAUGCGGGCAGCGGUUCCGGGCGCCUUCGGAAGUGGAACGCCACCGGGUCGCUCAUCAUGGGGUCGCUCCGUCUGAGCCAUUCAUCUGUGUGGAGUGUGGGGAGUGUUUCACAAAGAGCACCACACUCAUCCGCCACAAGCGAGUGCACAAGCCCAUCUUUGUGCGCUGAGACUUCUUUCCCUUUGUGGGAGGGGAAUUCUAAGGGAAGCCCAGGUUUGGAGCCAGAGCCAAGGAAUCGGGUCCAAGGUGAGUCCUUGACUGCAGCUUGUCUUCCUUGGCCAGGCAAGAGACCCUGGCAAGCAAAACUGUGGAGCAGCAACAAGGGGUAGAGGGAGGAGAUAGGGUUCAGAGCUUGGACUUCAGUCACUUGGUGGAAAAAGAGAGAGGGGCUGCUCAGAGGAUGAGGAUCUUGUUUGGGCCAUUCUCACCUACCUUCUGAGAGCAAGCCUGCAGACCCCGCUGCUGUACAUAAUAUGUGUAGGGGAGUAUUCUUUAGCUAGAAGCCAUAAUAGAAACUUACAGGGGGAGGGUGGGAAAGCAGUCCUGUCAAAAUACAGCUUCUGAGCACUUGGACGGAACAAGGAGAAAAUAACUCUCGGCAGAACCGAGUUGGCUGAAAGGGGUGCAGACCGUUAGUAAAGCAAGAUGUUGUUGGAAAUGGGGACAGGGAGGUUGAACGUUUUGUGAACAAAUAACUUUUCUGCAUCUCCCCUUUAUUACUGAGUGCAGGCCUCUAGUCAGCCAUUUCCUACAGCCUACAUGUUCUGGUCUCAUGACCAAAAGGGCAGUUCAAGAAACCACAGGAAGCUGGGCAAUGUUAUCAGAAAUGGAUAUGUGAUUGAUCUUGAACAGAUGAUGGAUGUACAUUGUUGAAAAAGCCAGUACCAGAUUACUGCGCAGAAGAGCAAGACAGAGAAGAACACAUAUUAAGGAAGUAACUUGUUACCCAAAAAUGCAAGGUUUUUUUUUCAGUGUCUAAGGCAACUCCAUUAUAAUAUGAAUGUAACUUAAAAGAUUCAUUACACUCAUUUUGCAAUGUAAGUGAUUUCUAAUUACUGGGGGCAUGGCCUUACUGAGUGUUCUUCAUCAAAACACUUUGAUAGAUAAAAGUUUAGGACUAUAUAUAUAGUCAUUCGGAAUAAUUUUCUAAGCAACAUUUAGGAUUGAAAAUGCAGGUUUGGUGCACUUCAGUGAAGAGACUAGCAUUUGGGGCAGAACACAGAAAAUAAUUAUCUGGCUUCAGUGUUCAUGGCUGAGGAAACCAUUAAAAGAAACAUUUGGUUUGCAAAGGACUUCUCUGUCAUCUCUUGCUCUGAAUACAUGGUGUCCAGGGAUGUUCCCUUCCUAAUAAAUAACUGCAUUUUGAUUCUACUAUCUGUCCCUACAUUUCAGUAGGUCAUUACUAUUGGUAUAUUAAGUGCCUUGCAGGGUAAAUAUAAGCAGAGAGAGUCUAAAUUUCAUGCGGAAGAGGAAAGGCAAUGGGAUAAAUAUGAUCAUCUGCAGCAAAAUAUACACUUAAGCUUCAUUUCAACUGCAGGGGUGGGGGAGGCGGCAAGGACUAAGGAGUUAAAUCAAAGGCUCUGAGAUACAGAUGUUUCAAAGCAGUGCCAGAACAUGGGUGUUCAGAAACAACAUUCAGAUCCUCAUGAAUGGUAAGAAAAAGAGUAUACAACCCUUUAAAAAGAGAAUCUCUCAGGCAGACAACUGGCCAAUCUCAAAUGCAGCCUUGGAGGAAGAGCAUGUAGGCCUGAGGCUAACUGCAACUUACACUUUUUAAGACCAAAUCAUAGCAUGGCAUUUAAAGAGAAGACGACAAAUGGACUCAUCUGUUCCAUUCCCCUCUACUACAGCUGCAAGAUGAGUGUUUGAGGUUUUGAUUCCACAGUCAGAACCAGCUAUUAGCCAAGCUUGCUGGGGAGAUGGGGGUCACAACUGAACACAUAUCAAGGGCACCAGAUCAGGGAAGGCUAUUGUAGAGAUUACACUCUUCAAAAGUAUCCUGUCAGCAAGAAAUUCAGCCUUGCAGAGUAAGGCCUAUUCUAACUCAGUCAUUUAUUGCAUUCUUUCACCAAACCACGGUCUUACU